UCCCAUCAGACAAGUCUGUAAGAAGUAGAACGGCAGACCGGAGCCGCUGGUAAAGCAAGACGUAAGCACCGGGUGAGCUUGGGUUGAAUCCAAACAUUCAUUCUACCAGAUCGUCUCUAGGCUUUCACUCGGACCUCGAAGGUGAAUCCAGAGGGAAGAGAGAAGACCGUUACAGAAGGAGGCCGGUUUGUGUGUUAGUCUGCUACUUGUUGGGAGCCGUUGGAGGACAUUUGGCAGACAUCUUGUUCUGGGAAGGUCAUAACCACAAACCAUCCAGGAGAAUGUUGCUAUUGGGAUGACCUUUGUGACCUCACCAUUGCCCGCCCCCGUAAAGAUCAACCACCAAUCAGGAACCCUGAGGGAUGUGGUUGGCUGGUUCCAGUGAUGGACAGGUGACCAGCCAGACCUCUAGCUGCACCCUCCUGCUCUAAUUCCCCCUCUCCUUCCCCCCUCCCCUCCCUCCCUGGCGUGCAGUGCCAGCUCCCCCCACCAGGACGGAGACCCCCCACAUCUCUGCCAUGGUGACAUAAUCAGCAACACAGCAUGUGGGAGAACCAAUAUGGUGAAACCGUCUCAUUUCUAUCCCCAGUAGCUGCUCAAGCUGCUGCUGCUACUGUUACUGCUGUGGAUUACGAACCAGAAGACUGGAAAAAACAACACUGACUUGGGACUGAUUUAUUUCUGCUAAGCCUACCCUAGGCUAGCCUACACUAUCCUGUCCUACCCUACCCUACCAACAAGCCCGUUUCGGUCAGUAGUUCAGCCGGGUUAGGUGUUGGACGUGACGAUGCUGGGAUGUGUGUCCCGCCUGCGUCGGCUGGUCCGUCUUGUCCGCCACCUCCCCCUCCAGACCUCCCUGCUCCUCCUCUUCCUCUUCUGCACCGUCAGCGUCUUCGUCUCCGCGUACUUCCUGUACGGUGCAAAACAGGAGCUCGAGCACUCAGGAGGGGGCGUGGCUGGUGGCGAGGUGGCGUCGGCAGUCUACGAUGACCUCCGGGUGAGCCCGUCGCGCCUGCUCCCAUUGCGGGCGGUGUCUGGGGGGCCCGGGGGCGAAGGAGGGGUGAGGACAGACCCUGUGGUGCUGGUGUUUGUAGAGAGCCAGUACUCUCAGCUGGGCCAGGAUAUCGUGGCCAUCCUGGAGUCGGGACGUUUCCGGUACCGGACGGAGAUCUCUCCCGGUAAAGGGGACAUGCCCACGUUAACUGAUAAGGAGCACGGACGCUUCACGCUGGUCAUCUAUGAGAACAUCCUGAAGUACGUUAACCUGGAUGCCUGGAACAGAGAGCUGCUGGACAAGUACUGUGUGGAAUACGGAGUGGGCAUCAUCGGCUUCUUUAAGGCCAAUGAGAAUAGCCUGCUGAGUGCCCAGCUCAAAGGCUUCCCCCUCUUCCUCCACUCCAACCUGGGCCUGAAAGACUGCACGGUCAACUCCAAGUCCCCCCUCCUCUUCAUCACGCGCUCCGGCCAACCCCUCCCAGGCCCCCUCCCCGGUGACGACUGGACCGUCUUUCAGUCCAACCACUCCACCUAUGAGCCCGUCCUCCUGGCCAAGACCCAGUCCGCAGAGAGUGUCCCCUCACUGGGUACGACGGUCGCACUGCUUCCCUCCGUGGUGCAGGACCUGGGGCUCCAUGAUGGGAUCCAGAGGGUUCUGUUUGGGAACAACCUCAACUUCUGGCUGCACAAGCUGGUGUUUGUGGACGCGGUGGGCUUCCUGACGGGAAAGAGGCUCUCUCUCUCCCUGGAGCGACACCUACUGGUCGAUAUAGAUGACAUCUUUGUUGGGAAGGAGGGCACGAGGAUGAAGGUGGAUGAUGUUAAGGCCCUGUUGGAGACCCAGCGAGAGCUGCGUAACCAUGUACCCAACUUCACCUUCAACCUGGGCUAUUCAGGGAAGUUCUUCCAUGCAGGGUCAGAUGAGGAGGACCUGGGGGAUGACCUGCUCCUCUCCUACAUCAAGGAGUUCUGGUGGUUCCCCCACAUGUGGAGCCACAUGCAGCCCCACCUCUUCCACAACCAGUCAGUGCUAGCCGAACAGAUGCUGCUCAACAAGAGGUUCGCUAUGGAGCACGGUAUCCCCACUAACAUGGGCUAUGCGGUGGCACCCCACCACUCUGGAGUGUACCCGGUCCACCUGCAGCUGUACGAUGCCUGGAAGAAGGUGUGGGGCAUCAGGGUGACCAGCACAGAGGAGUACCCCCACCUCAAACCUGCCCGCUUCAGACGGGGAUUCAUACACAGUGGUAUCAGCGUCUUGCCCAGGCAGACAUGUGGCCUGUUCACGCACACCAUCUUCUAUAAGGAGUACCCAGGCAGUCCCAACGAACUGGACAAACUCAUUAACGGAGGAGAGCUGUUCCUCACUGUUCUACUCAACCCUAUCAGUAUCUUCAUGACCCACCUGUCUAACUACGGUAACGACCGACUGGGCCUGUACACCUUUAAGAGCCUGGUGGCCUUCCUGCAAACCUGGACCAACCUGCGGCUGCAGACCCUGCCUCCCAUCCAGCUGGCCCAGAGAUACUUCAGCCUCUUCCCUAACGAGAGAGACCCACUCUGGCAGGAUCCCUGCGAGGACAAAAGGCACAAGGACAUCUGGUCAAAAGAGAAGACAUGCGACCGUUUCCCCAAGCUGCUUGUCAUUGGGCCUCAGAAGACAGGUUCUACAGCCCUCUAUCUGUUCCUGGGCAUGCACCCUGACCUGACCAGUAACUACCCCAACAAGGAGACCUUUGAGGAGAUCCAGUUCUUCAACGGACACAACUACCACAGAGGCAUCGACUGGUACAUGGAGUACUUCCCCCUGCCCUCCAACACCAGCUCAGACUACUACUUUGAGAAAAGUGCCAACUAUUUUGACUCUGAGGUGGCAGCGGAGCGGGCGGCUGCCCUCUUGCCUAAAUCCAAGAUCAUCACCAUCCUCAUCAACCCAGCUGACCGCGCUUACUCCUGGUACCAGCACCAGCGCGCUCAUGACGACCCAGUGGCUCUGAAAUACUCCUUCCAUGAUGUUAUCGUGGCUACCCAUGAUGCCCCGGUGAGAUUGCGUGUGCUCCAGAACCGUUGCUUGGUUCCGGGCUGGUACGCCAUCCACCUGGAGAGAUGGCUCAACCACUACCACUCCAGUCAGGUCCUGGUUCUGGAUGGGCAGCAGCUGAAGACUGAGCCGGCCUCAGUCAUGGACAGGAUCCAGAGGUUUUUAGGCCUGGUCAACACGGUCAACUACCACAGGAUCCUAGCGUUUGACCCCAACAAAGGCUUCUGGUGUCAGCUGCUGGAGGGAGGGAAGACCAAGUGUCUGGGGAAGAGCAAGGGGGGGAGGUACCCUGACAUGGACCCAGAGUCCCAGUUGUUCCUCAGGGAGCACUACAGGGAUCAAAACAUAGCAUUAUCUAAGCUGCUGUACAGGAUGGGCCAGCCCCUGCCCAGCUGGCUCCGAGAGGAACUGGUCCAUACCAGGUAGCAGGGGGAGGGGGACAGCUCAGCGGACUGUACCACAGCUUAACCACCCCCUAUAUGGAGGAGUAUGAUAUGAAUCCCCUGGAGGAUCCAUAGGAGGGUAAGAAAGGGGUGUGUUCUGAUGAAGGCCUCUCCUUCUGUAUGUGCUCUUCAUAAGAGGGAAGAACAGGGAGGAAGGGAGAGCAGGGAUGGUGACCUGUGGUCGAUGAGUCUACAAUGGCUCAUAACCUAGGCCCUAAGUGCACUCCUCUCUCUCCCUAAAUUGUACCUCCCCUUGAAAUACCACCAUCCUUACUUGGUACAUUCUAUGAAGAGACUACCCACAAGACUGUGCCACCUCUUACAGAGGUGGAGGGGUGUGAAGGUACCGGUACAGAUAGGAUGGGAUGGAGAGGAGGGUGUGGUCAACCCUCAUCCCCUCUCUUUGACUAUCCCUUGCGUUCCUCACAUGGACUUGGACCUUACUCUUGAGAGGAACUGGAGGAUGAAGAGGAAGAGUGAGACUUGCCUAGCCUGCACAGUACCAGUCAUUUAAGGCUGGGUGAGGUGACAAAAGGGCAGAUAUUACACUAGAGCAGAGAUCAAUUAGUACUUGAAUCAAUUAAAGAACGAAUGCCAUUAGUUGAAAAUGCCUGUGGUUUCUAUCUAAAAACCAUAGGGGGGUGGUAUGAUGUAUAUUGACUCAGGCUACAGGUGUGAUGUGGUCUUAUUCACUAGGCCUUUAGACACUAGACAUGAACACAUUUACCAGUGCCCUGACAGAGUCUUCACCACUACAUUACCUGGCCUAUUGACAGUUCUUAUUUUUUAAGAUUGGGAUUUGGAGACAUGUUAUUGUAAAAGGUGACCAGAAACACAUUUUGCUUCGUUUCUGUUUCAGAUGGGUUUGCAUACACAGCACAGGAAGUGUCAGGCAGACAGCCAGGCUGCACACAUUGAAAGCACAAUAUGCAAAGUAUUGGUACAUCUCAUAAAUAGACAUUACAGAUACACACAUAUUCUAAUUUAUCAGGUUGUCUGAAAGCACAGUCAUUCUAAUUAACAGCUUGCCUGAAAGCGCAGUCAUUCUAGUUAAAUAGGUUGUCUGAAAGCUCAGUCAUUCUAAUUUUACAGCUUGUCUGAAAGCACAGUCAUUCUAGUUUAAUAGGUUGUCUGAAAGCACAGUCAUUCUAAUUAACAGCUUGUCUGAAAGCACAGUCAUUCUAGUUUAAUAGGUUGUCUGAAAGCACAGUCAUUCUAAUUAACAGCUUGUCUGAAAGCGCAGUCAUUCUAGUUUAAUAGGUUGUCUGAAAGCACAGUCAUUCUAAUUAACAGCUUGCCUGAAAGCGCAGUCAUUCUAGUUAAAUAGAUUGUCUGAAAGCUCAGUCAUUCUAAUUUUACAGCUUGUCUGAAAGCACAGUCAUUCUAGUUUAAUAGGUUGUCUGAAAGCACAGUCAUUCUAGUUUAAUAGGUUGUCUGAAAGCACAGUCAUUCUAAUUAACAGCUUGUCUGAAAGCGCAGUCAUUCUAGUUUAAUAGGUUGUCUGAAAGCACAGUCAUUCUAAUUAACAGCUUGUCUGAAAGCGCAGUCAUUCUAGUUUAAUAGGUUGUCUGAAAGCACAGUCAUUCUAAUUAACAGCUUGUCUGAAAGCGCAGUCAUUCUAGUUUAAUAGGUUGUCUGAAAGCGCAGUCAUUCUAGUUUAAUAGGUUGUCUGAAAGCGCAGUCAUUCUAGUUUAAUAGGUUGUCUGAAAGCACAGUCAUUCUAGUUUAAUAGGUUGUCUGAAAGCACAGUCAUUCUAAUUAACAGCUUGUCUGAAAGCGCAGCCAUUCUAGUUUAAUAGGUUGUCUGAAAGCACAGUCAUUCUAAUUAACAGCUUGUCUGAAAGCGCAGUCAUUCUAGUUUAAUAGGUUGUCUGAAAGCGCAGUCAUUCUAGUUUAAUAGGUUGUCUGAAAGCGCAGUCAUUCUAGUUUAAUAGGUUGUCUGAAAGCGCAGUCAUUCUAGUUUAAUAGGUUGUCUGAAAGCGCAGUCAUUCUAGUUUAAUAGGUUGUCUGAAAGCGCAGUCAUUCUAGUUUAAUAGGUUGUCUGAAAGCGCAGUCAUUCUAGUUUAAUAGGUUGUCUGAAAGCGCAGUCAUUCUAGUUUAAUAGGUUGUCUGAAAGCGCAGUCAUUCUAGUUUAAUAGGUUGUCUGAAAGCGCAGUCAUUCUAGUUUAAUAGGUUGUCUGAAAGCUCAGUCAUAACACAGAUAUUACAGUAUGUGAAGUCGGUCCCACGUUAAACAAAGUACAACUUAUGAAGGCUUUAUAUAGUAUACUUAAAGGCUUCAUAGGCACUACGAAAAUGCUUCACAAAUCAUCUAUAAUCAUAUUUCAUACUCUAAAUGGUGUAUAAAAGGUGACUACACUUCCCACUGUAGGAUGAAUUGCCAAAUGUGACAUAACACACUGUAUGCUUAUACACCAUUCAUAGUGUCAUACGCUAAUUUUGAAGCGUUUAUGUAGUGUUUAUAAAGCCUUAAUGUAUGCUCUUUCAAGCGUUUAUAAGUUGUACUUUGUUUAAAGUGGGAACGUGAAGUCUGACAUAAGCUAAGUUUAAAUGCACUCCAGUCCAUCAGUCAUCUGCAGUGUGAGGAUUAUUUUUAAUAAAUCCUUAUUUUGAAUGUUCCAUUUAAUUUGUUUUAGCAGUUGUUCAUAGUAUUUCUGAGUUGCAUCAGGGAGAAUCUAAAUCAUGAACAUCUGACAUAGUCAGUAUGGCCCAAGUUAUAGUAGUAGUUGUAACUCAGACAUUAGUCACAUGGUACUACCACUGCAAGCAUACAUAACAAAAAGCUGCUCUUACCGCAAUACUUUUGUACAACGUUGUUCAGACGUAAUAACAACGCACAUGCUGUUUGUUUCUUUCCUGACUCUGUAAUCUAAUGUUAUAGACAUCAAUUAUUGAAUGCGAUUGAGGUGAAACUCUUUCAGCCCCCUCUCAUAAUGCAACGAAAGAGAUAUUCAGUGAGACAGAAUCAUCCAGGUAGUAUUGAAUUGUCACUACUAUGGAUCUUAAUAUAGUGCCAUCUGCUGAAGUCCCGACAGAUGUCUUUCAUCCUCUGUUCAUACGAACGUUCCUCCCCUCAACUACCCCCUCACUGCCAAUUGUUGUACAGAGCUCCUUGAUUUCUUUAUUUAAAGUAUUAUUGACAUGAUAAUAACACAAUAACAGCAAUGAUGGUACUAAUCUCCCCGGACUGUACGAUAAAGACUUGUAAUUGUUGUCAAUCAUUUUUACAGUGUAACUAAUAUUGUCAGUGCUUUUUAAUUAGCAAAUAAAACCACUUGAUUUUUUAUA